AUGGUAGUAGUCGACCCCAAAAUAGUGGCUAAAACUGAAAGGUUGCUCAUCCGGCCUCUUGUUAUAGAAGAUGCGGAGGACAUUGUGUUGAUGCGGGCGCAUCCAGACGUGAUGAAGCACACAUCUAUUCUGCCCAACGACGACCUCGAGAGAUCGAAAGAGUGGAUUGCUGGGUGUCACGCCAGAGAAGACUGCUGGAACUUCGUGAUCGAGCUCCUGCCCUCCGCAACCGGAAAGUCUCGCGACGACGUACGCGUAAUCGGCCUCAUAGGCGCAGUGCGAGCUCCUGAGGUCGGAUACAUGCUGAAUGCGAACUAUUGGGACAAAGGCUACGCGACUGAGGCUCUUCGAGCAUUCUUACCCUUGUUCUUCGACUACUAUUCCGGGGCAAAAGCCAAACGAUACGAGUACGCGGAAGCGCUCACCGAUCCCGAGCUUGUCAGUAGUCAAAAUGUGUUAUUGAAGGCAGGCUUCAAGUUUCAUGAGCGGAGGGAGAAAGACUUUGAGAACCCGGUACUGGGAUGGAGAGAUACUAUGGUGUACCACAUGGCUCGCCCGGAUGCUAAGAGCGAGGCACAGCAUAAAGCGACUCAAGGCUGUGCGGAGGCUGUAGCAAGGGACGACAUCGUGUCAUGUCUCCUACAUAAUAAAGGAGUAACGUAA